ACGUCAUCGUAUCGUCAUUACUUGUAUUUACUUCGUGUGCAAGGGUGUGGUGUAGGGCGAUCGUCGUAGGAUCCAUGUACAUUUUCAUAAAAGGUCAUGUCAUGUUCGCUGAGAUCGGAUUGGCUCUCUCUCCUUAAAAUCUGACAAGAAUACAAAUGUGUCAGCUGCGUGACACUCGCAUAGGUAGUAGUGCCUCAGCUCCAUUACUUUAUUCGUUCAAUUAAUUUAUUUAGUGUUUACGUCGUCGCGAAUUUUACUCCUGAUCAACAAUUGGUUGAUAAAGACAAAAUAAAAUCAAAAAUAAUAAAGCCGAGGGACUUCAGAUUGAACACAGGCGAGUAGAAAGAAAAGAUAGCUAGGAGUAUUUGUCAACACAUCAAAACAUAAACAUCUUCUUCCGUUAAAAUAUGCCAGGGGUUACAGAGAUGUCGUUAGAUCAUAUGUCCUGCUCCCGCUGUAGAGAAGGCUUCGUCGCGCAUGAGAAAAUUGUUAACUCCAACGGCGAACUGUGGCAUCCGCAAUGUUUCGUGUGUGCGCAAUGCUUCCGGCCAUUUCCAGAUGGAAUCUUCUAUGAAUUUGAAGGAUACAAGUAUUGCGAACAUGAUUUUCAUGUUCUGUUCGCACCAUGUUGCGGCAAGUGUGGUGAGUUUGUUAUUGGCCGCGUGAUUAAGGCGAUGAACUCAAACUGGCAUCCGCAAUGUUUUCGAUGCGAAGAAUGCAAUGGCGAACUGGCGGAUGCGGGUUUCAUCAAAUGUCAAGGCAGAGCGCUGUGUCACACAUGCAAUGCCAAUGUAAAAGCUGGUGUGCUUGGGAAACAUAUAUGUCAUCAAUGCCAUGGAGUAAUCGAUGACAAGCCUUUACGAUUCCGCGGUGAGCUUUAUCAUCCGUAUCAUUUUAAUUGCACGACUUGCGGCGUAGAACUCAAUUCGGAAGCUAGAGAAGUCCGCUCCCGACCUGGCUAUGCUGCUAAUGAAAUGAACGAGUUAUAUUGUCUACGAUGUCAUGAUAAAAUGGGAAUUCCAAUUUGUGGCGCUUGUCGGCGUCCUAUUGAAGAACGCGUGGUAACCGCGCUCGGAAAGCAUUGGCAUGUAGAACAUUUUGUAUGUGCAAAAUGCGAGAAACCGUUCCUAGGUCAUCGUCAUUAUGAAAAGAAGGGUCUCGCUUAUUGCGAGACUCAUUAUCAUCAAUUGUUUGGGAAUCUCUGCUUUGUUUGUAAUCAGGUCAUCUCCGGAGAUGUUUUCACGGCAUUGAACAAGGCGUGGUGCGUUCAUCACUUUGCAUGCGCAUUCUGCGAUCAAAAAAUGAAUCAAAAGACGAAAUUCUUUGAAUUUGAUUUAAAACCCGCAUGCAAAAAGUGCUACGAUAAAUUUCCGCAAGAGUUGAAGAAACGAAUGCGACGAAUGUACGAUCUGAAUCCUAAAAGGAUUCCACCGGUGUAAACUCAGAUUUGAUUUCUUUCAUAUGAGAAUCUUUCAGGAUUAAUCUAAUACUCAUUCGCGCUUAUAGUGCUUUAUCUGCCUUAAUCAACAUAAAAAGAAGUAUACUUGUUUGUUACAUUAUGAGCUAUAUAGUCUACCAAAGCUAUUCUUUUAUCAAUUACAAAUAUUUUUAGGUAAUCGCUAUAUCUGUUUUUAAUGUAAUUUACGAUUGAGAAAUUAUUCCUGUUUUCAAUUUGAAAUAUUUUCUCUCCAUUCUGGCAUCAAUUUGAAUGGGGAAAAGUGCAAUAGUUUCAUAACAUUUUAUACAUGAGGCAUAACGCUAGUUUAUAGAAUCAUUUUAUAUAAUCUAUAUGACAAAAUGAUAAGAAUUAUCUUUGAUUAAAAAUUGUCUAACGUAUAAUAUAUAAUUAUUUUUCGUUUUUAUCCGGAUUACUGCCGAUACACCUAGAUUUAUAAGUACUGACAUCGAAAAUAUUUUUAUUAUAUAAACGUAUGUAAUAACAAUUAUAUAUAUUUAUAUUUAAUCAAGUUUCAUAUGGAUUUUAAUUGUAUAUUUUAAUUUUAAUAUAUUUUUGAUCGAGAUUGGAAAAAAAUGUUUUCAUUAGAGGUUUGAUAACAAAAUGAAGGAUGAAUGACAAGAUGUAUCUAGUAACAGAAAUGAAUGCGCAAUAAAAAAGGCAUUUAAUGGAA